AUUAAUUAGAUCUAGCCCCACCCAUUAGCAGCCACGCCUUUAAAAUGGCGUUCAUUCACUUUUCCUUUUAUGUAGCUUUUCUAUGCUUUAUAAGCUGUUUGGCUUGUUGUGUAGGAAAUUGCAGCAUUUCAAGUUGUUUUUCAAGAAAAGAUGAAUUCAGAGAAUGCUCAAACACUGGUACUGUAACUAAAGAAUUUGCAUAUUUAACAUUUGCAAACAUCUCUUCAGAUGCCUGGCUAGAUAGCCAGUCACUGGUUUCACUUGUUCUCUCGUUGCUGUGUCAUGAAAGACAACUCCAAUGGAGAGAGCAACAGGUCCCUCCAUAUUGUGCAGUGAUGAAUGUAAUAGGAUCAAGAAACUGCACCAAGCACUCCUGCAAUAACUGUGCUCAGUUUUCAUUGUAUAUUGAAGAUCAAUGGAAUGCUAAUGAUACUGUAUCAUCUUCAGUUAUUAAUGAUGUACUGUCACUGGAGAGCUCUAGGAUUGCUCUUGCUCUGGCUGGAUUUGUGUACAUUAAAAACUCAACUGAAACUGAAGGUAAGCAUCAUCAAUAA